AUGAACCGCAGCGAGCUUCUGCGGGAGCUGCAGCGGCGGGAGGAGGAGGCCGCGCGCGAGCAGCUGCUGCUGCUGCGACGAAUGCGCGAGGCGGAGCGGGAGAGGACCCGAGAGGCGGAGGUGGACAGGGGGAGGGGAAGGGGGGACCUGGGGGAACGCGGAAGAGGGGAGACGCAGCAGGAGCUGCAGCAAGGGCGGCAGCAGCAGCUGGCGCAAGAGCGGCAGGCGCAGGGGGAACAGGCGGAGCAGGUGUAUUACGACUUCAGUCGCAUACGCCCGCGGGAACCGUCGCCUCCUAGGUUACCCAGAGACGCGCUCCCGUGGGUGCUUCUAGCGGGGGGCGCGGUAGCGGCAGCAGCGGUGGUACACCACAAGCGGCGGUGCCACCGCAGCAGGCAGCAGCACGCCGCCGCGGAGUCCGUAGUCGGCUCCUCAGGCCCCCCUCUCGGCGCAUGCUCCGCCCCCCUAUUCUCCCCCCAUGGCCCCCCAUUCUCCCCGCACACCCCCCACGCCCCGCACGCCCCGUACUCCGCCUUCCCCCAUGGCUCUCCGCCAAGGCCCGCCCAGCGGUCGCCCCACGCGUCCGCGCGCUACUCCUCCGCCUCCUCCGCCCGUUCCCUCGCCUCCUGCCCUGGCGCGUCCCCCCGUUAUAAGCACGGCGCGCCCUCCUCCUGCAAUCACGGCGCGCGCUCAUGCACCAGCGGCCCCCGCGUUAGAGGAGCGCAAGGGAUAGGCGCGCCUGUGGCGGAAGCUUCCCCGCAGAAGGAGCUAUCUGGGGCGCUUUCGGGUGUUGGGCCGCGGAUAGAGGGGGAAGAGGGGCGGGGGGAGCGAGGCGAUGGGGGAAUAUGGGCGGAAGGGGGUGCGGAAAAGGGGAAGGGGAAGGCGGAGGUUAGGGGGAGGCGAUUUGGAAGGGGGGUAGGGAGGGAGGAGGGUGGGGAGGAGGUGACGUCAGCGAGAAUAGAGAGACCUAGUGGUCGUCAUGACCAUGCUGCUGCUGCUGCUGCUGCGGGUGCUGCUGCUGGUGGAAGGUCGUUGUUGGCUCCUGCAGCGGAGUAUGCACAGGGCCCGGACGCGCAGCAGCCAUCAGCGCAGCAGGCGGAUGGGGAGGAGGCGGGGGAGGGGGAGGGGGAGGGGGAGGGGGAGGGGGAGGGGGAGGGGGAGGGGGAGGGGGAGGGGGGGCGGGUGGAGGCGCGGGGAGAGGAGAAGGGGGGAAUGGGGAAGGGGGAGGCGCAGGGAGUGAGGGAUCCCCGCUGCCAGGCGGGCUGGCAAGCUGGCUGCGGGAGGAGAGAGAGAGGGGGCAGGGCAGGCGUGGGGGGAUGGAGCGGAGGGAGGGGCGAAGGUUGGUGA